CAGAAACAAUAAAAAUAAAUAAAAAACCGCGCGGUCGUAAACAGUGUGCCAUCUUGUAGAUGGAAUCCCGUUGGGAAUACGUUGAACGCGCCACGACCUAUGGAAAUAUCGCGCUGUCCACACAGCACAACGUCGCGCCUCCACCUUCGCCCGUGCCGUCGCCACCUCCGACUCGACUCGACUCUGCCCAGUGCUUGUGCUUGGGGGACUCUAGCAGCAGAGAGCACACAGGUCCAGUUUUGAACACAUAGAUAUAUAUUGCAAGUUGCAUACGUCGCGUCGUGUGGAUUAUGUCAUUUAUUUAUAAAAACACAAAGGUACAAAACCGUUGAAUGUUGCACCAAAAAGCAGAGAAAACCUGUAAAAAUGUAGACUGUGUGUCCGUCUCUCUGCGUGUGUGUGUGCGUGUGUGUGAGUGAGUGUGUGCCGCAGAUAAUGGAUGUUUUAGUUGUGGCCGUUUAAAUAUAUACAUAGAUAUAGAGAGAUAUAUGUACAUAGAAUAGUCCGUACGCAAAGUAUAUGCGUCUCAGCACGUCGCCGAUUCUGCGAGCCCAAGACCGAGCCUGACCCCAAGUGUCCCCUCCCCGGAGUCCCCAGGGGCCAUUGCGCGCGAGCAAUGCCGCUGCCCCUCCUCCAAACUAGCAACAGCUCAAAGAAUCCAACAAUUUUGGAGUAACUAAAAAAUAUCAACAAAUGGCCACAUUCAAUGGGAACGCCACCAGCAAUGCCGCGGAUGUCCUGAGUUCCUCGGUGGCCGCUGCCACAGCAACAGCCACAUUUCUAGUGCCCACCACAACGACCCAAUCAGCAGGAGCCCACAUAGGAGUGCCGCCAUCGUUGCAUCUUGAUCAGUUUGGGGGCUAUAUGAGCACGGGGGCUGUCACGCCGCUCCAUCACCACCAGCAGACCAACUCCUCCUACACCUUUGUGCAGAUCAAACGCGAGCCUUGCCAGGUAUCCGAGAUUAGUUCCAACAAUUGCCAUCAGCAGCAGCAUCAGCAUCAGCAGAACCACCAGCCGCUAAACCACCACCAGCACCACCACCACCACCAGGGCACAGUGUCCUCUUCUGUAACCGCAUCAGCCACUUCCAAGACCAUGUCUUCGUCCACACUAACGACUCUCGUUAAGAUCGAGGCACCAUCCCCCAAAGUGUCCGAUCUAGAAAAGUCAAAUGGCAAUGGCAGCACAAGCAAUUCCGUGCCCAUUGGUAUUGCCGUGGCCCGGAAACGGCCGCAGGAAGCCCUGGUGUCGGCACUGACCAACCCGGCAGCGUUGCCUCUGCAGCAACCACUCAGCAAGGACAUGAACUGCUUCGGCAUACGCGUCGCUGACUUGAGUGCCACCAGUUGCGGCAAUCUGUACUUCACGGGCAACGGCGACCUGAUGACCACCGGCACGGCCACAGCGGAGGAUCUGAACCGUACCCCAUCGACAUUCUGGCAAUACCCGAAUGCAUUACCCAUUGAAUCAGUGAUUUCCAUGUCCCCCGCCACGGUGGGCCUGCAAUAUACGCGGGAGGCCAACCGCGGACAGGUGGUGCUGCUGCCGGCCGCACCAGCAGCGCUCGAUCCGUUCCAGCAGGCCGCGGCGGCUGCGGCUGCCACAGCCUUUGUCUGGCCCUCCUACAUACCCCAGGCGACAGCUCCAGGCGGCUCUGCGGCCGCUGCCGCAGCGGCUGCUGCUGCUGCCGCCCUCCAGCCGCCGCCCAACUUGUUCUUCAACUCGAUGGGCAUGGGUGGCCACUCGACGCUGGGCCCCACGCCGUCGUACGCCUCCACGCUGCAGCUGUACCUGGCCGCGGCGGCCAAUGCGUCGGGCAGCUCGACCCUGUGCCAGCACAGCAGCAAUCAGCAGACGAGCAGCACCACCACCACCAACUCCACGAUCAACCUGAGCCUGGCAGCGGCUGUGGCGGCCAGCGCGGGGGUCACGAGCAGCACCAGCAGCCUCAGUUCGAGCAGUUCGCGAUUUCUCAGCCUGGCGGCUGCGGCUCAGUCGACGCCCAUUGGAUCGCUGCUGUGGCCGCCGCAGGGCAUGAAAGUGGAGGACUAUUCGACGCACCCUCCACUGCCGCUGGCCCUGCCGCCGCUGGUGCCGCUGGAGACGACGACGACGCGCGACAAGGAGCAGGCUCUGAAUCUGAUGCGUCUGCCCACGCCCCCCACCUCGGCCACCAUGGAUGGGGCCACGGCUGCUGCGAUGGGAACGGGCCAUCCGAUGCAUCAUCAAAUGUUUCAGUCGAUGCCCGGCCACUCCGCCGCAGCCACGCCGGCGCUGCUGAAUCUGUCCAUGCAUGGCGCCGCCAGUGAAAUGUCUGCUGCCGGCACACCCAUGCCUGGUGGUGCAUGCGAUGAGGCGGCGGCGGCGGCUGCGCUCAACUUUAAGCUGCACGCGCCCCUGACGCCGCAGACGCCGCCCCGUCUGCCGGAGGUGGCAAUGCCACUGUCGCAGGGAUCCCUUCUGCCGCAGAUGCAGGAUGUCAACAUCCAAACGGACACGCCCGUGUGCAGCGAGGACGAGAGCUUGAGCUACCCCUGUCCACCCCUGACCAGGACGGGAGUCAAUGAGCCAAUGACAGAGGAAGCCCUGACGAUUUCCCUGGUCCAGCCACUGGAACUGACCAAACCCAGUGAAGUGCCAACCGAGUGCCAUACCCAGACCCAAACCCAUGCCCAUACCCAAUCCCAGACCCAGACACAGACCCAGAACCAGACCAAUCCAGUGUCCAGUGACAUUCAACCCAGUGCCAGUCAUGAUUCGGCGGAACAGAUCCCUCCACCGCCGGCCAUGGAAACACCACAGACAGCGCCCGAAGAUCUGACGGGGCUGGAGCUGCUCUCGAACAUCAGUACCAAUAGCACACCGUUUGUGCGUGUGAAACAGGAGCCGAUGGAGCACAUCGAGCACACUGCACACUCGGUGGCGCCUCCGCCUCCGCCUUCAAUGCCGCUGCAGCCCGUGGUGCCGCCGCAGCCAAUGAUGGAAUUGGAGACGACUCCGCAGGAGCCGUUGGGCGGCCUGAAGCUGCUGUGCGCCUUGGCCGAGCAGCGUAUCCAGGAAGAGGUGGUGCAGGGCAGCAGCCUCUUUGCCACGCCCUAUUCGCGUACGCCCAGUCCCACGCCGACGCCGCCAGCAUCAGCGCCGGGCACGCCCACGCCCACGCAGAAGCACAUGCACACGCACACGACUGGCGGUGGGCCAGAGGGAAAUUCCUGCUUUGGUUUUGUGCCACCACCAGCAGCAGGAGGAGGAGGAGGAGGAGGAUCGGUGUUCUCCUCAUCAUCUUCCUUUCAAAUGCCAUUAAGCUCGCCAGCAUUUCCAUCCAUGCAAGGCAUUGAGCUGCCCACCACGUCGCUGCAGUCCGUCGAUCCGAGCCCCCCGAAGCGCAAGAAGCACAAACAUUCCAAGUCCUCGUCCACCGAGAGCCGCAAGUCGGCGCGUUGCAGCAAGAAGAGCAAAAAGAAGCAUCGGCGGAGCAACAGCCGCCAGCAGCAGUUUGAGCAGCCGUCGCCGAUGGAUCUCGAAGACGCUGACAUCCACCUGCACGACGAGGAGCUGCAGUCGGAGCUAAAGAACGCCCUGCAGACUAUGCAUCCCUCUUAUGCGCAGCGCUUUGGCCACGAGGUGUUCAACAUAAUGGACAGCAGCAUGCGGAUGCGUUUGGCCAACGUAUCGCGUCAGUAUCGCAAGACGAAGAAGAAGCUGGACGAGAUAUCCAAGCUGAAGAAGAAGCGAAAGGCUCACAAGUUGCAGCAGCAGCAACAGCAGCCAGUCCAGCCAAUCCAAUCGCCGCUGCAACAGCCACAGCUGACGCUCAGCUCAACGCUGUCCAGUGUCCUGGGAACUUCAUCACCGCUGCGCGAUUACAAAUUCCCGAAAUUCUCAAGCAGCAACCUGCAAGCGUCGAGCUUCCUGCGCUUCCCGGAGAAGACGACACACUCGUUUCCGCCACCGCCGCCGCCCCAGCAGCCACAGACAGAGCCCAGUCCCUUGCCGAACAGUGGCUCAACAAUUACCUCAUCGUUUGUACGCCUCGAGCCCUCGGCGCUAGACGCGGCCGUUGCACCGAUUGCCCCCAUAGCUACCUCCAUAUCCUCCUCCACAUCCUCCUCGCCGUCGGCUGCGGCGCACAAGCAAUCGUCGUCCGCAUCUCUGGUGCGCAGGAAGCGGAAGCUAAAGGCGAGCGACUCUGGUGGCGGCGACAGCGGAAACGGCAACGGCCCAACGGCCCCCACAGAGACCAAGCGAAGGGCCAGCGCCACGGAUCGCGAGCUGCAGCUGACCAGCGAGCAUCUGUACCGCGACGAGACGCGCGUUCUCACCGACAUGGGCGGGCUCUUCUAUGCGGGCGUGAUGAAGCCGCUGCGACCGCCAGAUGUCUAUGCCAUCACGCUGGACGGAGAGCGCGGCAACAAGUCGCAUGUGAUGUCGCGCGAGGAUAUACUCAAGGAUACGAUCCUGGAGCUGGCGCCCAAGAGCGUGGAGUGUGUGCCGGUGGGCACGCGUCUGUGUGCCUAUUGGAGUCAGCAGUACCGAUGCCUUUAUCCGGGCCGUGCCAUUGAGUCGGAGACAGCUGUGGAGGGAGUCCCGACGGCGGCAGCAGGGGCAGGGGCAGGGGCAGGUGCAGCCAGCACGCCGACCCAUACGCCGGACUUUGUCAGCGUGGAGUUCGAUGACGGGGACAGCGGCAGGAUCCGCUUGCAGAAUAUACGGCUGCUACUCAGCGACUAUCCCAUAGCAGAGUACAACGAUAAUCCCCUCUACUCAGUAGGCAAGCAGAAGCGCGGCGCUCUGCGCAGUGGGGAGAUUGGUGGACUUCGCUGCACUUCGCAGGAGCCUGCCCACAUUUCCGGCUGCGAGGACUCGCACAGCCAUCACAGUGCGGUCAUGAAUAGUGAUAACACCACCUCACUGGCUGCCACCAUGGAGCUGUUCACGCAGCGCAGCGAGAAGAAGCGUCUGAAGAAGAGCCUCAAGAAGAUUUCGAGGGCACAGAAUGGCGCCGGCGGCGCCAGUUCCCGGGCAGUGGCUGCCGCCUCGAACGAAGGCAUAGCCGAUCUAGCCGCAUCUGGCGAUGCUGGAGGCGGCGUCGAUGAGGCCGCCGGUCGUAAGCACCAUAAGCACAAGAAACGCAAGAAGCACAAGAAACAUCACCGCAAGAAUGGCAGCGAGGAGCCGGAACAACAGCAGGACUUUUCAACGACAGCGGAGGAUGUUCCUGAGCCGACGGCGGCGGCGGCUGUCCCUGCGUCAAAUACAAACCGUGUCAAGAUGGAGGUUAAAGUGAAGACGGAACAUUUGGAUAUGGAAGAGGAGAGUGCCUCCAAUCUGAUGUCUGAGAUAUCCGAUGAGGCCAAGGGCGAGGAUCUGGUCGAGCAUAACAACUCCAAGGGUAGCAGCAAGAUAGCCGCCUUUCUGCCGGAGCGGCAGCUGUGGGGUUGGAAUGGCGUUGCCUACCGCAAGGGGGGCGUCAAGGGCCGAGCCAGAAAGCAAUUUUACAAAACAAUCAAAAGGGGCAAAGAGACCAUCACGGUCGGGGACAGUGCAGUAUUUCUAUCGACGGGCAGACCGGAUCGUCCCUAUAUCGGACGCAUUGAGUCCAUGUGGGAGACCAGCACAGGCAAUAAGGUGGUGCGAGUGGCGUGGUUCUAUCAUCCGGAGGAAACGACUGGCUGCCCAAAGUUGAAGUAUCCGGGUGCUCUGUUCGAAUCGUCGCACGAUGAUGAGAACGAUGUGCAGACCAUUUCGCACCGGUGCGAAGUGCUGCAGUUUGGGCACUACUUUGAGAAAUUCGGUGCCGAUUCGAAGCAAUAUCAAUCCAUAUACGAUAACAAUGAUACAUAUUAUUUAGCGGGGCACUAUAACCCAAGGUUACAAGUGCUAAAACUACAAGACGAUAUUCCAACUCUCGAAGAGCUGCAGGAUACAAAUACUACUACUACAACUACAACUACAACUAUUGAGGAUUAAGCAGAGUGGACGAUGAAUCAUGGCUAGGCAUGGCAUGAUUAGGCAUAGUGCAUACAAAACUAUAUAUAUACAAUAUAUAUACACACAUUAUACAUUAUAUUUUACUAUACGCGCGGAACAGCAGAAAAGAGAAAGCAUAUAUAUACCUAUAUGUAUACAAAUAUUAUGUACUUCUAUAUAUAUUUUAAAUGUAUUAUGUAGUUCAACAAAAAAAAAACAACAAAAACUCGGAAAAAAACAAACAAAAAAAGGACAUUUAGCAGCGAAAGUAAACGAGAGAGUUAGAGAGAGAGAGAACAAGGUACUAAGCAACAACCACUAAAAUUUAUGUGUAGUUACGAGAAGCGCAAGCAAUUUUAAGUAUAAUUUUUUGUAUAAAGAUGCUGUAAAACGCGCCAGAGAACGACGACGACGACGACGACGACAAAAGAAGAUUCACUGAAUGUUCAUAAAUGUUUACAACAACAAAAAGAAAACGAUAUGUGUGCUCCUGACUUCCUUACAUACAACACCCAACACCCAACCCACACAAAACACAACACCCAACAUAAUACAAUUUACAGCUCCAAAAACGGAUACGAAUACGGGAUACGGAAUACGGAAAUACACUUGUUAACGAAUGCGUGUGUAUACCGACAUGUUUCAGAUGAAAUUUAAAACGUGUUUUAAUGAUUUUAAGCAGGCAACAUGCAGCAGCAGCAACUACUACUAUAAAUGUAACAAUUCAAUGUGAUAGCAAAAGAAAACCAGAUGAUGUUGAUGUGUACAGAGGAGGAGAGAGUAUAGGCAUAGGUUGAUUAAUUUAGAGAACAGCCAGGCAGAGAGGGUGUACGUGUACCACUCGUAUGUAUGUGCGGAAUAUUUACAGCUCGUUUAUUCAAAAAGAAUCAGCAACAGCAACAGCAACCAUCAAAUCAAACACCUAUCUAUAAUUAUAUCAAUAAACUUGCCGGAUAUACUGAA